UGCUGCCCAGGUGGCGGGGCCGGGCCGCUCCUCCCGCCUGGCUCGGAUUACCUGGGAGGGCCGGCCCGUCCCGUCCCAUCCCGUCCCGUCACGCCGCCCUUCCCGGCUGGUCCAGCCCCUUGACGGGAAGUGGGAGCGAGGGGCCGCGCUGGGGCGGCCGAGCCAUGGCUGUGCCCGCAGCAGCUCCGCUGCCCUGCCCGCUCCUCCUCGCCGUCUGCUGGGUGGUGGCCGCAGGGACGGCGGCAGGAGCAAAAGUUCUUCCAUCUCCAUCCAACUUGAACUAUUUGUUGACCCAUAUCUGUAGUCUGAACUGGACAUGGAACCCCCCAGAGAACAUCAGCAGUAGCUGCAACCUGGAGUAUUCCAGUGACAUCGUCAUUAAUGGGGUUCCUGAGGACAGAACAGAAUGGAGUAAGAACCGCUUCCGUGUGACGGAUGCGCACUUGAAUGAGGAAAUGCGCCUCCGAGUGAGAAGUGAAUGCAAGAAUGACAACACCAGUGAGCCCAGCCCCUGGGUGGAGACCUCUGUUCUGCCAAAAGGUAUUCCAGGUACUGCUGCUGUUGACUUGGGCUGUGUUUGGCACAACUUGGAGUACAUGGCUUGUACCUGGCAUCGUGGGGAGAAUGCAAGCGGUGACACCAACUACACUUUGUUCUACUGGUUUGAUGGCUUGGAAAACCCCAAGAACUGUAGCAACUCCUCUGUAGACCAAGGAAUCUUUGAAUGCAUUUUCAAUCUUACCUUCCCAAAAGACAGAAGAACUUAUCCUGCUAUAAGUUUUUUGAUUAGAGGUGAUUCUGAAGAAGUUAGGCCUGUGUGUGCAAGUAAAAAUCCUACCACCCUUGUAAAACCUGCCACACCAAGACACUUGACAUUGUCAAAGACUAAUGAUAGAAUUGAUGUAAAGUGGAGUGAAUCAGAAACUUUUCCAAAAAAUUGUUUAGAUUAUGAAGUUAAGUGUUUCCAUGGUGAUUUGGACAAUGGUCAGAUCAUUGCAUCUGAAAUGAAUUCUGUGUCCAUUGCUGGCAUUGAUGCCAAUAGCAAGUACAGCUUCAGAGUGAGAGCAAAGCCAAAGCGGGACUGCUACAACAGCCACCUCCAAAGUGACUGGAGCGAGGAAAAGAGCAUUGGUGAGAAGAGGGACUCUACAAUCUAUUUUGUUCUAAUAAUUACCAUUCCAUUAAUAGUAGCAGUAUCUACAAUAAUUCUACUAGUUUAUCUAAAAAGGCUGAAGAUAUUAAUUCUUCCACCAAUUCCGGAUCCAAGAGAAAUUCUUAAGCGCAUGUUUGGAGAGCAGAACGAGGAUUCCCAGAGCUCUGCAAAGGAUGACCCCACGAACGCUUUGGACAGGUUAAUUAUAGAAGAAGAAAUUCAUUCUUUAAUUUUAACAGAAACUUCAGAGAGCAGUAAUCCUGAAAAAGAAAACAGGUAGACUCUGCUUUAUCAGUGAAAGAGGAGGAAGCUGCUUGCUGCUCCUGUACCUCAGGUGACUGUAGAUGUGAAGAGGCCUGUGAGGCACUGGCCAGCUCUGACCUCACUGGCUCCUUCUCUGAAGAUGCAUCACUAACCGUGGCUGUUCUUCCAUCUCUGCCUGAAAUACUCAUCUGAGCUCAGUCAAGAUGAGCAUGUGAGCAUGUAGUAAUCUCGUGGGACUGCACUGUGGGCUCCCUGCUCUGGCUCCAGCCAGCUCUGCCCUGCAAUUGUUACUUGCCACUUGCACUUGUGAUUGUGCCUCACACCAAACUGUCAGGGUUGUUUGUUUUGUUUUGGUUUGGUUUUUUUUUUUUUGUUUUUGGAGCAAGCACUGUGACUUCUCUGAAGUAUUUGGCUCUGUUUGCAGUAGGUGGAGCUGCUGCCAGGUGGGGUGGCAGAGCAUGGACUGCUUGUGGAUAACCCUUUGUGUGCCUGGGCUGGGCACUCUGUGGAAGGCACUUAUGGACUGAGCUUGUGCUUCUGCCCAUCAGCUGGGGCUUGGUCAAAUCCCACCAAAGAAGGUAUUUUUUUUAACAUGAAAAUGCCUCUCCUUUCCAGCUGGUUUCAGAAUAUUCAUAAAAAA